GCUAAGACAUGUUCGUCACUUAUCAUUCAAAGCCUCCUUUAAAAUAAGCCUAAAACCUAGAAUAGGAAAAAAAUCGAAAUUUUAUUGUUUUAUUUCAAAACUUAUUAAAAAUUUAGACCGUAGGGGUGAAAAAUUAGCAGUGACCGAUGGCUUCCCAGAAGAAGGUGAUCGUUAUAGAAUCAAAGAGCUUAUUUGACAAGAUGCUCGAAGACGCAGGACCCACUAAACACAUCCUUGUCGAGUUUUUUGCCACUUGGUGCGGUCCUUGUGCGAUGAUUGGUCCACGAUUGGAACAAUUGGCGGUGGAAUACAAUAACAGAAUGAUCAUCCUGAAGAUCGACGUGGACUCGAAUGAGGAACUGGCUAUUCAGUAUGAGAUAACCAGUAUGCCGACCUUCCUCAUCAUCAAGAAUCGUGUGACUCUCAUCCAGUUCGUGGGUAGCAAUGUGGACAAAGUCGUCACCACAGUGGAAAAAUAUGUGGGCAAGCCGGACGAGUUAAAGGACAGUAAGGGGAAGGCGCCCGAAGGAUCAGGGGCUCAAGCUGUUGCCAAACUGUAACGAUCCCCAGAAAAUGUUUCUUCAAGGGGGUUUUUUAGUCAGGUCAUCUGCAGUAAUCAUCAAAAUUAAAUUGUGUCGAAGGUCCUUUCUUUA